AUGAAGUUAAAAAGAACCAAAUGCACACAAAUUAUAAAUAAUGUGCUGUGUAAGAAGGAAACCGAUGAUCUAAUUUUAAUGCUCAGAGAUCAGAAUUUCUCGAUUCUAUUAGACGAAUCUACAGACAUAGGAGACCACAAAAGCCUCGUAAUUCUCACCCGAUAUUUUAAAAAUAACAAAAUAGAAACUCGACUGUUGCAAUUGUUACAGUUGGAUGCUAGAAAGUUAGGAGCCGACGAAUUAUAUCAGGCAUUCGUGUCAUGUUUAGAAAAACAUAGCAUCCCUAAAGAAAAUAUAGUUGGUGUAGCGUCCGAUGGAGCUAGUGUAAUGAUAGGCAAAAAUCAUUCGUUUUUUAAACUGUUGAAGGACAAUAUUCCACACGUCAUUUUAGUACGCUGCAUUUGUCAUUCCGCAGCACUAGUAGCAUCAAGAGCGUGCAGUGAACUUCCUCGUUCACCAGAGGAUCUGCUACGCAAUAUUUAUAACUAUGUGUCUGGGAGCGCCAAACGAUGUGCGGAAUUACAGGAAAUAGGGUCUAUUAGUGUGACGUCAAAUUUGAGCGCGAAAUUUGACGGUCUAUUAGUGUGA